AUGGCGCCAGGCUCUCCGCGACCCGCCUCUUCCCCGCUGGAGGCUGAGCCCGAACAGAGCCGACCGGCCGAUGGCGAGCAACCGACCGAGCGAGACUCCGUCACUCCUCCCGAGGGUGACGACAACAACUCCAAGAGAGACUCCAGCUCUCCGGAGUCUGGCGAGGCCAGCUCAACCGCAUCUCCCACACCUGCCGACGCCAACGGCGAGAAACCCGCCUCUUCCUUCGAUGCGCCGCCCCUACCGAACGAGGCACCGCCUCUCCCCUCUGAACCUGCCCCCGCGACCGAAGACGAUGGCUGGGACUUUCAGUGGGACUCGACCUCUCAGGCAUACUUCUUCUACAACCGCUUCACCGGCGCGACGCAGUGGGAGAACCCUCGCGUUCCUGUAGCCGCCGUCUCGACCAGCGCAGCCCCAGGCACGACUCCCGCCGCGGCGUCGACCACAACAGCCGGCCCUCCUCCCCUCCCGACGAAUGACCGACCCCCCGCGGGCGGCUACAACCCCGCCAUCCACGGCGACUACGACCCGGACGCGUGGUACGCCAAGGGCAACACGGCCGAGGAGAACGAGGCGAACCAGGCGUCUUCCGCGGCUUACGCAGCCGAGUACGGCGCCGUCGCACAAUUCAACCGCUUCACCGGCCAGUUCCAGACGCUCGGCGACGGCCCCGACCGCCACUCGGACGAGGCCAAGAGCAGGCGCCAGAUGAACGCCUUCUUCGACGUCGACGCGGCGGCCAACUCCCACGACGGGCGCAGCCUCAAGGCCGAGCGCAGCGGCAAGAAGCCCAGCAAGGCGGAGCUCAAGCAGUUCAAGGAGAAGCGCCGGGCGCGGAAGGAGGAGAAACGCAGGGCGUGGUUGAGGGAUUGA